CACGUGAACGCGCCUGUCCCACCUGGCCCAAUCACGUUUGAGGAAGCUCACUACACCGCCUGCUGCUGCUGCUGCUGCUGCUGGUCUGUGUCUCUGUACUGUUUGCGCUGCAGCUCAGCCAGGACACCAGCAGCUCACCUGCCCGGCUGCUAAGCUGAAACACAACGCAGAUUUUCUCCUCUGAAAAGUAUCUACCACUAACUCCAACGGUGUCGGGGCGCAUUACGUGUCCCGACAAAUCCUCUCAUCCCUCCGCUCCAUGGCCAUCGCCGCCCCCUGCCUUCUCCCCCUGGGAGGUAACCUUCAAAGGCUCUGCGAUGGAUGACCAGCUGAGUGAUGGAGAUGGACAGAAUCAAAGGACAUGCUCCCUUCAUUGUGACUAGAUGAAGGGACACCUACCUUCUUCCAGCAGUGAGGGGACGUACACUGCAGCAUUUUGAUGUUCUUCAGAGUGAACUGGUGCACCAAAAAGAAAACAAAUUAGUUCUUUGGAAAUCAUUUUGAAAAAGAGGAAAAUACUGAUCAGAUAUAUUCAGUUUGUGUACCAUACUCUCUCAGCAUAGAGCUCAUAUGCUGACGUCUUAUCCCUGCGAUGCUUGUUAUGAGUUGUCCAUCCACAACCAAUGAGCCAGAGAGCUGCAGCAGCGAGGGAAGCAGCUGCACCACUUCCUCCAUCACCACCUCUGACCCAUCGCCUAUGUCUGGACACACUCACGCCACCCUACCUUCUGUCAGUGAUGCCCCUGACACCUCUAAGCAUGAAGCUCCCCCACCUCCGCCCCUGCCGCCCCCUCCACCCCCAGCGACCACCAACCACAACGCCAGAAAGAAGCGCCGCGUCCGCAGUUUCUUCUGGAAGCCGAUACCAGAGGAGAAGGUACGCGGGAAGCCCAACAUCUGGACACUGGCGGUGCGGCAGCAGCAGUACCAGAUCGAUGUUCGCUCUGUGGAGGAGCUGUUCGGGCAGCAGGAGGAGGCAGUGACAGGCAUACGUGGGACGACGGCAGCCACUGGAACCUCAACUCGUGUCUCCCGGUCCCGCUCCUUCAAGGAGAGCAGCAAGGAUGAGAUCAGCAUCCUUGACUCCAAGAGGGGGAUGAAUGUGGGCAUUUUCUUGAAGCAGUUCAAGAAGUCCAACCGCUCCAUUGUUGAAGACAUACGACAAGGAGAAGGAAAGAUUUAUGGAGCAGAGCUGCUCAAAGACCUGCUGAAGCUCCUGCCUGACCCAGAGGAGAUCAAGAAACUUCAGGCGUUUAAAGGAGACCCAGACAAGCUGACGCUGGUUGAUUCCUUUAUGUACCUCUUGAUCCAGGUGCCUUGGUUCGAGGUUCGGAUCGAGACCAUGGUCCUCCACGAAGAGUUCUUCCCUUCCUGUGCUGUAAUGAGCCACGAGAUCGACGUCGUCCGCAUUGCCACUAAAGAGCUGAUGAGCUGCGAGGAACUUCAUGCCAUUCUGCAUCUGGUGCUGCAGGCCGGAAACAUCAUGAACGCUGGCGGCUACGCAGGCAACGCUGUGGGGUUCAAGCUGUCAUCCCUCCUCUCAUUGGCUGACACCAAGGCCAACAAGCCAGGGAUGAACCUGCUGCACUUUGUCGCCAUGGAGGCAAAGAAAAAAGACGAGAAGCUGCUCAAGUUUCCAGAGAAACUUCACGAUGUCCAGAGUGCAGCCAGAAUCUCAGUGGAAAACAUCGAGUUGGAGUUUUCCUCCUUAUGUGUUCGCAUUAAAUCCCUGGAGGAGAAGGUUCAAGGAGACCAGGAGCUACUGCAGCAGCUGGAGCCCUUUCUGCAGAGUUCAGCACAGACGCUUCAGGACCUGAAGAGACGCAGGCUGGAUCUGCGUAAAGAAGGGAAUGCUCUCAUUGAUUUCUUUUGUGAAGACAAGGAUACCUUUAAGCUGGACGAGUGCUUCCGCAUCUUUCAAGACUUCUGCAUGAAGUUCAAGAAAGCUGUCAAGGACAACAUGGACCGUGAGUUGAAGGAAGAAGCCAGACAGCGUCGUCUGAGAGAGUUGGAGGAAAAGCGUUUUGCUUGGUCGUGUGCAGAUCAGAGCGGUGGAUUUGGUCGUAGCAGCAGCGAGAACGACGUGGAGAUGCUCACCAAGGAAGGCCUGCUGGACUUAUUCCAGCAGAGGGCUCAGAGUCCACACAGCCCGCUGGGACGCUCUGCCAGCGCCCGCCGCCACCGUCACACCUUGACCUCAAUAGCAGACAGAGAACUCCAAGGAUACCUGGAGCUGUUUGGAGGCACUGGGGAUCCCUCGGACUAUUCCAAGUUUAACAGCCUACCUCGGUCGGGCCGCACCAUACAGCGGAGGACAACCCCCUGGAUCUUAGCCCAGGACGACAACCGCGAGCUGGGCUGCGACAGACAGGUGACGUCUCCAUGUGCAGACACCGAGCCUAUCAGCCCACUGGCCAGGUUUUCCUCCUCUGGGCUAAAUGAUAAUGACCCAUACAACAAUAAUUACUCAUCUGUAUCAGAGGGCAGCGUUCUGCCUCGUUCCUUGUGUGUCUUUCAGAAGCCCAUCCAUCUUCCCAACCCAACAAUUAGCGGCCACAUGAAUGUUAAUGUGGAGAAGCACACUUUAGUUCGAGGUCCGCAAGCUUUUGACCUACCUAGUCCAAACAAUAACAGUAAUCAUAUGCACUUUGUCAACCAGGGGGAUGUCGUGGUGACUGAUUUGGAAAAGGAGAGAUGGUCACCUCCCAUAAGUUUGGAUAUCCUCCUACAUGAUAAAGUUUUAGAAAGAGCAGCAGAUCCCAAGGCAGCCCGGGAAGGGAAAAUAGAUCCUCUCACACAGGUUGGGGUCUCUCCUGACAGAGAGAAAGAAGAGGAGGAUAACAGUACAGUUUCAUCAACAACCUGUGAUACACCCCUCCCACUAGAUACGUCUGAAUCCAAUAAGAAACCAGUGUUUUAUAUAUUAGACUGCACAGAAACAGACUGCUCUGUCACCUUGGAUUACUCGGAGGUUGAAAGCUCGUCUCUAACGACAGAGGGACUUUAUUUCAGAACGACUGACUGCAGCAAAGAUCAGGAGAGCCAGCAAGAUCCAAGCUCUCUGUCCUCUAAUUUAGAGUCUCCCAAUGACCAGUCUGUUUCAACCAAUGAGCUUUCAGCGCCAAAAUCUGUGGAUGCGGCAUCCAUGACUCCAUCUGCUACCAAAGAAGAGUGGGACACGGAGAGCUGUGACACCGCUGAGGGAAAACAAGGUGCGGAGAGAGAUGCACAGAGAAGCAGCAAAAAACCAGUGCAUACAAAGAGCAAAGCUAACAAAGCGACUAAGUGCAGCGGAGGUCGGGGUGUGCGAACAUUAACCAUCAGCGAGAGCCAGGGCAUGCGGAAAGUUGUGCCCAUUAGCAAGCUUACAAGAACAGGUAGCAGCAAGAGAGCAGAGAGACCUUUGGUGCAUGACAGUGGAGAGUCACGCCGGCCUCUUCGUGACCAGAGCACCCCAGCAAGAGGAAGGAGCGAGAAGACUGCAAGACCUCUUCGACACUCCAGUCUGCCUCCUGAUGAGUCAAAAGCUCCGAGGGGAAGUAGCCUCACAGGCGGCAUUUCGAGAUGGGCACGUGAUUCAACCCCGAGAAAGGCCUCCAUCCUCAAGCCGAGCGCCAAACCCCUGAGGAACAUCCCCAAGCCUGCACCUGAGGAGAAGAUGUGCCGCUCCACCAUGAGAGCCCUGGCUCAGGCCCAAGCUCAGGCCCAAGCUCAGGCCCAAGCUCAGGCCCAAGCUCAGGCUCAGGCUCAGGCUGGAGCUUCCUCUGACAACAGCAGCUCUCACACACUCAGCACAAAAAACGCCUGCGAUGUCCCCAACUUUGCCCGCAACACCGUAGCUUCAUGUUCCAGGACCAAGAAGGAGCUGGUACCCCCGUCCGUCCCCUCCACCCCGUCUCGCAGCCCCUCUCUUGUAGGUCGACAAACCUCGGUGAAGCAGAACAGGUUGUCGCCCACAGGUCAUACUAGCGAGGAGCGGCCACAAGGGACAAACCUGCGACGGGUGCAAAGUGUGAAAGCGGCCAGUCGCAGCGCUUACCGCAGCGAGACUCCCCCACCACCUCCAAAGCGUGAAGAUAUUCGUAAGACUAGUAGCUUUUCUGAAAAGUCUGUCCAGUCUAGAGACAUGGUGAUGACCAGUAGGAGUGCUAAACCAACCUGGAAAUAAAACAAACCUAAUGUAGAAAGAGAGACUCUCUCCCUGAGUUUGAUGUAAAUUGGUAUUUGCUCUUCUUCCCCAUCCACAGUGCAGACUUAUCCUCUCAUAUCAUGCAAAAGACAGGAAACUUUAAGCUAUCUCACCUUAUAAGGUUCCUCUAGUAGCUGACUCUGUAUCAGGUUUAUAAAUUGCAAAGAGCAAGAUGCAAUGAACUGCUCCACGUGUUCCUGUUUUGUUCGUACAAAAAAGCUAUUGUUUUCACAACUUCCUUUUUUUCCCUGAGGGGGUAUUAACUAAACUGACAAAUGGCAAAUUGGUGUUUUUACACAGGAGCCUCUUUGCCUGCUUAGCUGUCUAUGUACUGUAUAUGCUAGUGUCUGUGAUGAUGUUGAACACUACUGACUAUAUGAUGCUGCUAAUUAGCGCUGACAAUUUGAGACUGAGUUUCAGUGUCUAUUUCAUUCAGGGUUACAAGAUUUGUUGUACCUUAACUUGCUGCUGUAAUGGUGUCUUUUAGUUUUGUUGCAUCCUCCUGUAGAGUAUCGCUCUAUUUGCUUUUUGAUUCCUUUGCUUGAUACCUCAGAAAGAUCGCAGUGGCCUUGUACCAACAGAGAAAGUAGAAUAUGUUCAUUUGGCUCUGCAUGAUAAAGAUGUAGGCGAUAUCUGAUAAAAUGGUUUAAACUGCAAUGUCACUUUUUACAAAUCCCUGGUAUAUUAAUAUUACUACAAUAUAUAAAGUCACAGAUUAUAAGGCAGUGUAUAACACCUGUGGUACGUGUUGUACCUUGUGUAUGUAUGUGUCAGUAGUUUGUAAAUGUGUUAGAACUCCUCCAUAAUAUCAUGGAGUAGACGUGCACGUAGGAGAUGUUUCCUGUAUACUGUAGGCUAAUACACGAUCAAUGCUAAUGCUUUGAAAGAAAAGCAUUUAAUGCGUCUGAAACAACACUGAAAUGAUCAUCAGCCCUGUGAUUAUUUUGACAGUCUGAUCUAAUCUAAUUUCUACUGUGAAUGUAAUCAUCUCAUAUUUUCUCUAGGCCUGCACUUUUCUUGACAUGCUUAAAUUACAACAACUGCCCUAACUGGUCAUAAUUCAGCCUUGCCCGAGUUUGUGCCUCUCAUGUAUUACCGUUAUAUUCAAGUCACAGAGCUAAGCAUCUGUUAUUUCCGAAAAAUAAAAACCCGGUGAUCUUUGAAAAACCCAGAAGGUUAUAAUAUAUACUAUAUAUAAACACAUUAUUUUGUAUGGAAAUAUAAAAUAAUACAAUGUUACAUUAAUAUGGACAAAAUAACAAAGACGGGUUAUAGAUUUUGUUUCACGUCAUUCAAAUUGAGCAUGGACAUAUGUCAUUUGUGGCUACUAACUUUGUUUCUUUGAAAUACUCUGCUGCACAAUAAUGCAAUAAAUGCAGUCCAUUUACAAUUAAAUAAAAAAAGAUUUUAAACCCAUUUCUCAAGUUGCACCAAUGUUUCUUAAUCCAAAGAUACAUAUUUCUCUGCUCAAUUUGUAGAAUGUGAAACAAAAUUAAUAAGUUUUGUUAUCAGUUAUAUUUGUCCAUCUUUUUUUAACAUGUUCACGCGUUUCAUCCAAAGAGGAUUCUGGAAAUACCUUAAGAACACCUCUAAGUGUUUUUAAACAACCUUCUUGGCUUUUCAAAAAAUCACAAAUCAUUAUUAUUAUUAUUUUAUGUAAAUAGAUGCUUAGCUCCGUGACUCGAAUAUAAUGGUAAUACAUGAGAGGCACAAACUGGGGCUAAAUUCAGCCCUGUUGCCCAUUUCACACCACUUGCCUUUCAACCUGCAUUGUGCCAUUGCCUUGAUGGCAACAACACUCACAACAGUGCAUUGCCUUAAAGCUUAAUGUAGCCGAUCCAUCACCAGUAGAAACUCCUUGAUUGUAAAAGGAGAGUAGAAACUUUUCCAUCACACUGAACUGAAACAGUGACUCCGUUGGUUACUGAUUCACUUUGUAAAUAAUGUAAAGACAUAGUAUUUUUCUGACUAUCAAUAUGUUUACAUAGCAUUAAAAAUGAAGGGUAAAAGAGCGAAGUAUGUGAGCGCUCAGAUAUUUUAAAAUUGUCCAAGCAUCCAUAUCUUCUAUCAGAUGUUGAGAGCCCUGACUGACAGUGUGUUGACAUGCUGUGGGUGUCUUCCUGUUCCUUCUGUAAUGCAAAUGAAGUUGAUGAACCGAUGACACAAAAGGCCCAGUGUGACGUGCCGCUGUGUGUGGCCUGCAUGUAGCCUAAAUUUAGAAUCCUUAGAAUUGUUGCUGGUUAUUUCUCUGCUGAUUGAUAAAUCAAUGUAUCAACUAAUUCAGCUCUAAAGUAAUGACUUUACUUUUUAAAUUAGUAAAAAUCCUAGACAUGAGUAUCUAUCUGGGAAUGUACAGCUCAUGAAAUUUCACUGCCACAGCCUAAAAUAAAGAGAUCUUUUGAGUGUGAAAAUUCACCUUGGAAACUACUUGCACAUGAUUGAAAGCUCUGGAAAAAGCUAGUAAGUAGACCUUGAGUGAAGAUUCUCAAACCCAUUCGAGAUCUUUUAAAAGUAUAUCCUGUAAAUUUAAAAUCACAGAUCGUUGAAAAUAAUGUUCUCUUUUAACAGUUUGUAACUUAUAAACCUUUAUAAACAAACAAAUUACAGCUUCAAACCUUAGAAAAAUGUGUCUUUAGCAUAAAUAACACUAAAUUUGUCAUUUGGUUUGACUGUAGAAAAAUGUCUCCCUACAAGGUGUAAUUGUGGAAUCAACUUUUGUUUACAUUUGGAUUAUGGAUCGGGCUGUUUAUAAAAAAAAAAGGAAGAAAGUUAUUUUGCAACUUCAACAGCUGUAGAGAUGCUAUUCUCCCAGCCUCGACACAAUUUAUACAAUAAGUCCCAAUCUUCUGCACUCUGUCUGUCCUUAGAGUCCUCCUUUGUGUAUCCCACAAUGCCCCCUGCUGCCAUCGUUUUAACAGCCCCGAGCAUUACAAUGGAUGCCCUUUACAUUACAUCUGACUGGCUUACAGCAGAAGAGCUGCUGUGGAAUUUGAAUACUUACUUGUCCUAUUCACCACAACUUCCUUGUUCUGGGGUGGUUACCAUAGUAACAGUCCAAACAUCAAUUACCAUUAUUUACUUAAGACUCUGUAAACCUAAAAGGUCAAUUCCGUCCUUAAACUUUUGCCACGUUACAAACCCCAGAGAAGCCUAAACUGGCAUUGUUUCAUGUCACUCUACCCAAGCCUGCUCACAAUAUGUGACUUCAUAUUAUUUAGAGUGAAUCUUUUUUGCCUUUUUUAAAUCAUUACCUGCAGGAUUUUUGAUUUUCCUGUAGUACUAUUAUGUAUUCCCUCAAUUUAUCUUUCACCAAAUGAUUAAAUGUGUCUUAUUCUCGCAUUCAUUUCCCCAAGGAUGUCUUUUAUACACCGGAAAGGUGUACUAGUGUGUUGUUUUUUUUUACCUUGUGAUGAGAAUCUUGACGUAUCUGCUCUAGUUUUCACACCUGACGCAAAUAGGGGCUCUACUGCUCUGCUCGGUCUUUUACAAUCUGAAGUCUCACAAUGAAAAAGAAAAGACUGAUCACUACGUUGCGCAAAUGAUCAUCUCUGAUCACUUGACCACAGGGCUGCAAAUUGUGACAUCACUGUACUGCAGUUUAUAUUUCUGACGAUGACAUCUAAGAAAUAAAUAAAAUCACAUGUUGCUGUGUAAACUGAAAA